AUGGCCGACGAAGUAAUGGAUGUAGACUCUUUGGAGCCGCGAGGCACAAAGCGAUCGGCCACAGAUGCUGGUCUGCAGCCCCAACUGUCAAGGAAAAUCCAGGCUCUUGACCCAGAUGUGGUGAAUAAGAUCGCUGCUGGGGAGAUCAUCGUUGCCCCCAUGCAUGCUCUGAAAGAAUUGAUCGAGAAUUCCAUCGAUGCCGGCGCCACUUCCAUCGAAAUCUUGGUGAAGGAUGGGGGUUUGAAACUUCUACAGAUCACCGAUAAUGGACACGGAAUCGAAUGUGAUGACCUUGGAAUACUGUGUGAGAGAUUCACCACCUCCAAGCUCAAAGCGUUUGAAGACCUGUCUUCUAUUGGUACCUACGGCUUCCGUGGAGAGGCUUUGGCGAGUAUCAGUCACAUAGCACAUCUCACCGUUACUACGAAGACAGCGGGGUCAAGCUGCGCCUGGAAAGCUCACUACAACGACGGGAAAUUAGUUCCCGCUAAACCUGGCCAAAGCGCAGAACCAAAGCCAACUGCUGGUCGGGGCGGAACUCAGAUCACGGUUGAGGACCUUUUUUACAACAUCCCUACACGACGUCGGGCUUUCCGAUCCUCAAGCGAGGAAUACGCAAAAAUCCUUGACGUUGUCGGCCGUUAUGCUGUACAUUGCUCUGGCGUCGCAGUUUCAUGCAAGAAACACGGCGAUGCUGGAGUCAGUAUUUCAACGUCAACAAACUCCACAACAGUAGAUAGAAUUCGCCAAAUUCACGGCAGCGCUGUGGCCAGUGAGCUUGUCAAUUUUAACGUUGAAGACCCAGGACUUGGAUUCCGUGCUUCAGGCUGGGUCAGUAAUGCAAACUACCAUGUGAAGCGGACCACUAUCCUCUUGUUCAUUAAUCACCGCUCUGUGGAAUCUUCUACAGUACGGCGGGCAAUAGAGCAGACGUAUUCCAACUUUCUCCCAAAGGGUGGCCAUCCAUUUACCUAUCUCGAUCUGGAAAUUGAGCCGCAGCGAGUCGACGUGAAUGUCCACCCGACCAAAAGGGAAGUUAAUUUCCUAAACGAGGACGAGAUCAUUAGUUCCAUAUGUACUGCCAUCCAACAGCAACUGGCAACGGUAGAUUCUAGUCGGACUUUUAUGGUUCAGACUUUACUACCUGUUGGACGAAAUCAGAGUACUUUGAGUUCCAACGCAGAGGGAAAUUCAAUGAACGAUAAACCACCAACAUCUCGAACCCUUUCCGGCACAAAACGUCCAUAUGAGAACAAUCUCGUAAGGACAGACGCCACCAUGCGCAAGAUAACCUCGAUGCUACCCCCCGCGUCAUCACAAUCAACCCCCAUCCUCAACGGUCAGUCCCAACCACAACCCGCUGUAGCAGACGACGGCGGUCUUCGCUACGAAAACACAGACCGGGAGCCCACCCAGGUCAAGCUCACAUCCGUUAAAAGCCUCCGCGCCGCCGUCCGCUCAUCAAUGCACAAUAACCUCACCGAACUCUUCGCCUCCCUCACCUACGUCGGGCUCGUGGAUGAACGACGACGGGUAGCAGCCAUUCAGUCCGGCGUCAAGCUUUUCCUGGUCGACUACGGCAUGGUUAUCAGCGAAUUCUUCUACCAGAUCGGCCUGACAGAUUUCGGGAACUUUGGCAGGAUUAACCUAGAAUCCUCCCCCCAGCUCGUGGACCUGUUAUACCUCGCCGUCGCCCUGGAGCGUGAUGAGCACCGAGCCAGGCAAGAACAGGAGGGGAUACCUGCAUCUGAAAUUGACGCCAUCGACUUUGACAGGAUAGUCACGACGGUAGCUACGCAGCUCAUCGAACGCCGCGAGAUGCUCGAUGAGUACUUCUCCCUCUCCAUAUCCGAAGAGGGAAAUCUCCUCUCCAUCCCUCUACUGCUAAAGGGCUACAUGCCCUCGUUAGCAAAACUUCCACGUUUCCUCCUCCGCCUGGGCCCAUACGUUGACUGGACUGACGAAGAAGCCUGUUUCAGCACAUUUCUCCGCGAACUCGCUGCCUUCUACACCCCUGAACAACUACCCACCCCACCCCUUGUCGACCCCAGUAAGAACACACCACGCAAAGACGAGACAACAACAGCAGCAACAGCAAAUCCCAAACUCACACCCACACCAGCCAGCGGAGACCCUAAUGGCCCUAUAAUCUCUCCCACAUCCACAUCCACAUCCACAGCCAACGAACCACAGCCCUCCACCAGCACCGGCGGCAGUACCACCAAUACAAGCACAAAUCAAGCAACCACCACUGACCCUUCUUCGUAUCCCGACCCGUACCCAACUGAGGACCCGCUACCGCCAAAAGAAGAUGAAUGUAUCAUACGGCGCCGCGCACAGAUAUCCUGGAUGCUAGAGCACGUGCUAUUCCCAUCCCUGCGUGCCCGGCUGGUUGCGACGAAUGAGCUUGUCAGGGGCGUCGUGGAAGUUGCGAAUCUGAAGUCGCUGUAUAGGGUAUUUGAGCGGUGUUAG